AUGGAGAAAUUUACGCCGGAUGCUGCACAUAUAGAAAAGGCAACCAAUUCCGACGACGCCAUUGUCAAUCUCCAGCUCGAUAAGCGGCUAAACCGCAAAUUCGACGUCCACAUCUUGCCAUGGCUGUUUGGAAUAUGGCUUUUCUCCUUCAUAGACCGCAGCAACAUAGGAAACGCUCGAAUUGCAGGCCUAGCUGAAGAACUGCACAUAACCCACGGCACAUCCUUCAACGUUGCGCUCCUCGUUUUCUACAUACCUUACAUCCUCGUCGACGUUCCUUCAAACCUUCUCGUCAAGAAACUGCGGGCAGGAGUGUACUUGCCGACUCUGAUAACGGCAUGGGGGCUGGUAUGCACGUUCAUGGGCUUCGUUCAGUCAUUCGCGGGAUUGGUCGUUUGUCGCCUUUUGCUGGGCUUGUUUGAGGGCGGCAUCCUAGGCGGCGUUAUCAUCUAUCUAGCAAUGUUCUAUCGUAGACAUGAGAUGCUUCUGAGAAGCGGGUUGUUUUACUGCGCUGCGCCGCUCAGCGGAGCUUUUGGAGGGCUCCUUGCGUCGGGCUUGGCGCGAAUUGAGGUUGGUGGGUAUAACAAGUGGCCGUGGAUCUUCUUCAUCGAAGGCGCAGUAACGGUAGUCUUUGGCAUCGUCUGCUUCUUCUUCAUGCCGGACACACCUGCCGCUGCACAUUUUCUCAACGACGAAGAGAAAGAAUGGGCGCUGCGACGUAUGAGGCUUGACGCUCACGGGUCCUCCGCCGUCGUGGCUGUUGAUGACGAGAGGUUCAGCUGGUAUUGGAUGAAGAUGGCGCUCACGGCUCCGCAGACGUACUUUUGCUCAAUCAUUUGGUUCUUCCUUCUGGUGCCACUCUACAGCUUUUCUCUCUUCCUCCCCUCAAUUAUCAGGGGCAUGGGUUAUCAAUCGACUACUGCGCAACUUUUCACCGUUCCGCCGAAUAUGGCAGCAUUCUUCACAGUUCUACUGACAGCAUAUUGCUCGGACAAGGUCAAGAACCGUGGUUACUUCAUCGUUGGGGGGUCAGUACUCGGCAUAUGUGGGUAUAUCAUGAUGCUUGUUGCAAAGAACAAUGCCGUACGAUACGCUGGGACGUUCCUCGUCGCAAUUGGUGUUUUCCAAGGCUCACCCAUGGUCAUGGGCUGGGCUUCAAACAACCUCGCGCCUCAUUAUGUGAGAGCAGUCGGUAUCGGUAUUGUGAUUUCGAUCGCCAACUGCUCUGCGUUUAUUGGCACUUUCAUAUACCUCCAACGCGAUUCGCCAAAGUACGCACUGGGUCAUUCGGUCAGCCUCGGUGCGCUGGUCCUGACGCUUGUCCUUGCUUUGGCACAGAUCAUGUAUCUGAACUGGGAGAAUAAAAAGCGAGAUAGAGGAGAACGAGACGACAGGCUGCUGCAGGAGAACGUUGGGCAGCUUGGACAUCGCCAUCCUAGUUUUAGAUAUACCCUGUAA